UCCUAGCCGCCUCUUCCAGCCACCCGUCUUCGACCCUCCGUCCACCGCCGCUUCGUUUCCCGCCGCAUCGCCAAUGGCCUCGCGGCUCCGGCUCGGCCAGCCCAGCCCGAACCCCGGCCCCAGCCCCAGCCCCAGCCCCGGCGAGGGGAAGAUAGAAGAAGGAGAAGGGAGGAAGCCGGAGCCGCGGCGAGAGGUGACGGAUCUGGGCGGCGGGAGCGAGGUGGUGCACAUCCCGCGGUUCAUGGCGCGGGAGAGGGCGUGGGAGCUGUUCGAACACCUCGACAAGCGCAUCCCGUGGACGCGCCCCACCAUCCGCGUCUUCGGCCGCUCCGUCGUCCAGCCCAGAGAUACCUGCUAUGUGGCAGAUAAAGGGCUAACAGAUUUGAGGUACAGCGGCCAUCAGCCUCAUGCGCAUUCUUGGGAUGAUUUCCCAGUGCUCAAGGAUAUCUUGAAAGAGGUCCAUGAAGCCCUCCCAGGAAGCCACUUUAACAGCCUGCUGCUGAACAGAUACAAGGGAUGUUCAGACUAUGUGUCGUGGCACGCCGAUGACGAACCCCUCUACGGGCCUACCCCGGAGAUCGCGUCCGUCACAUUCGGGUGCGAACGUGAGUUCUUGCUGAGGAAGAAGCCUGCCAACACACAAUCACAAGCUGCUGGUGAAUCUGGGGAAACGGCUCGGAAGCGGCUCAAGGUCAGCGCCCCUCAGCAGCAUUCGUUCCUCCUGAAGCAUGGCUCGUUGCUCGUGAUGAGGGGCUACACCCAGCGGGACUGGCAGCACGCGGUGCCCAAGCGUGCGAGGGCGGCCUCGACGAGGAUCAACCUGACUUUCCGGCAUGUGUUGCCAUGAACAUGGCCAGUUCGCUUGGUCUCCCUCCAGUUUUGCGCAUGUGCCCAUUGCGUGCAGUGUGUAGUGGGUUUCCUGAUAAUGCUUUGAACUUGCUUUAUCCCCCUUCCCACCUCCUGUAAUCUCUAUCGAACUCUGUAUUUCCGUUAUGCCAAAGUAAUGGAAAAGGGGAGUAGCCCAAAAUGUGCAACCUGCUACAUUCUUUCUGUGGACCAAAUGAA